AUGGUGGGCUGGUAUUUCGACCUAUCAGUGGUCCUUGGAGAAGUCUGCAACUUCGCCGCCUAUGCAUUUGCGCCCGCCAUCCUUGUUACUCCUCUCGGAGCCUUGUCCGUCCUCAUUGGGGCUGUUUUGGGAUCAUAUUUCUUAAAGGAAGAGCUCGGCGUUCUGGGUCGCCUAGGUAGUGCGAUCUGUCUUAUCGGCGCCGUCAUCAUUGUUCUCCAUGCGCCCCCAGACGAAGACAUCAAGACCAUCGACCAGAUCCUGCAUUACGCCAUACAGCCUGGCUUCUUGUUGUACGCGUUUGUCGUCACUGCCUUCGCCGUCUUCAUGAUCUACAAGGUUGCGCCGGUUCACGGACGGAAGAACCCCAUCAUCUAUCUCUCCAUCUGUUCGACCGUCGGCUCAAUCUCGGUCAUGUCUGUCAAAGCCUUUGGCAUCGCCCUAAAGCUCACGUUCGCCGGAAACAACCAGUUUAGCCACCCCUCGACUUACGUUUUCAUGAUCCUAACAACCGUUUGCAUCCUGACGCAAAUGAACUACUUUAACAAGGCACUUGCUCAGUUCCCCACAAAUAUUGUCAACCCCCUUUACUACGUAACCUUCACGACGGCGACCCUUUGCGCGUCAUUCAUUUUGUUUGGCGGUUUCAACACCACCGAUACCGUUAACACUAUAUCUCUUCUUUGCGGCUUCCUGGUCACCUUCACUGGUGUUUACCUGCUAAACCUUUCGAGAUCCGACCCGAACGGACACAAGAUGGUUGCCGGCCGUGGCGGUGACGAUGCAACCGGCACGGACAUGAUCUCAACGAUCCAGACCCGCCUGAGCAUGCAGGCCCGCCGAAGCCAAGACCCCCACAGAUUGAGCAUUGGUAGCCGCCAUGGUGACACGACUGGCUUGAUGAGGGCCUACGACGAGGAGGCCGGUGCCGAAUUUGGUCUGACCGAUCUGGCCGAGGAAAGCGACGACGACAAUGACCACCGCAGAGCAAACGGAUCCGCCAACGGCCACUCGAAACCAUACAAUGAGACAAUCGAGCUCCAGAACCAGAGGGCCGACAGAUGA